AGAGGAACACAAUACGUUUACCUGAACUACCCUUGAAUAAUUGUCUUCAGCAGCUUCGCCAGCCACAACCACUUUUCGUAGGCGAUCUUUCACUUCGAUCGGCUGUUGUUGCUGUGGUUGUCUUGGGUAUCACCCAUUAUCAUCUCCAGCUAUAGCUAGCUAUCUAGCUACGGUAGUUGAUUGCCGCCCGUUAGAUCCCUUUUGGUUUGUGAUAUCUACCCAUUCCAACUGCUAGUAGCUAGUAAUCAUAACAGAGACCAGCUUCGCAUUGGCUGAUCAUGAGCAAUAACGCCAGUGUCAAGGCCAAGGGCCAACUUAUUGUCCCGUCAACGUAUCGGCCAUGGUCCGUCGACGUUUGCGCUGCAGUUCCCAGAUCCCUGCGCAACCUUAACAGUGAGGGAGAGCCACCAAAGAAGAAGAAGAAGCGAUCCACCGUUCUGGAUUCGCAGACGUUCAAUGCUGGUGCUGUGUGCCCUGGCUGGGCAUGUUUGAGUACCACAGCAGGGUCUGUCUACGUGUGGCCUACCAACAAAGAAAACAACAAUUCAUCAGGAGGUUCGCUCACUGCCUCUCCCGCUGCUAAGAAGGCAGUAGCGGAUCCUCUGGAAGCUGCAAUUGCUUUGUAUCAUCCCAAUACUCUUCCACCUGCCAAUUUGGACCCCAGCAUCCGAACCAAGCCUCUCAUUGGAUUGGCCCGUGUUCACCCAGGGUCCAAUGAAGCUAUCUUUGUGUACGUUUGCCAACCAUCCACAGGCGCUCUGUUGGCGUGGAAAGUUACACAAGGUGACGCUAAAAAAGCCGGAGCUGGAUUGAAAACUCCUAGUCACUACGCCAGUACUUUUCUACCGCUCGAGCGCAAAGAAGAGGAUGACGACGAACAAGACAACAAUCACCAGAAUUAUCCCGACGAGCUGGUGGUGUCAUUGGCAGUCGUUGAUCGACAAAUGUUGGUAUUUGGAACGUCCUCAGGAGCUUUGAUAUUCUGUUCUGUCUCCACCAUUCCAGUGGCACUUCAUGCCCAACGUUUGAUUCCUGCCAAAAGUCGCAAGUCCUUUGGUUUCUUUUGGAGUAGUAGUGCCGCUGACGAUGAGGUCAUUCGAGAUGGUUAUCCCAUCAAAUUCGCGUUGCCACUGACCGCUUUGAAUGGCGACGACAACAACGAUGACACGACAACACUGUUGGCCAUUAGCCAGCUAGGGACUAUUUGGCACUGGAAAAUUAUCCCGACUGUGGCCCAAAACCACAGUGUUACCAGCAAAGUCCGUUUCUCUGCGUCUAUUCUCGCACUCUUUCAGGAGAAUCUAUCGCCAUCGAUUGAAAAUCUCAGUUAUGUGGAACCGUUACAAGCAAAGCUACUUGACAAUAGGAUGCAUGUCAUUGUGAGAACUACUCAAGCCAACGAAGGAGAAUGCCGCUUGUACUGGCUUCGACUUCGAAUUGAACGCGAUGGAUCCAAAAUCAACCUUGCAUGGGUCGAUGCACAGUGGUUGAAUCGUUUCCCUGCUCCGCAAGAUAUUCAGGCAAUGGGGUUGGUCUUGUCCGCCGACAAUCUCGCGUACGCGGCCUUUCAUCAGCGGUCUGGAGGCGUCACAUCGUCGGUUAUUGUCAUGGCCUUGUCGGACUCGGAACAAGGAGACGGUGGUGAAGCAUCGAGUACUGUAUAUGAAGUCGAUCUGCCAAUGACUGAAGUUCCAGCAUUGCUUCCGGACACUUUUACCAACGAUAUUGAGACGCACGGGUGUUGCGUCUUUGCGAGAUCGGGAUUAGGAAUUCGAGUGCGCAUGUUGACUGCAGAAGCACCCGCUUCGUUGUCCCCGCGGGCGGCUGCACGGGCAAACCCAACUUCGGUUCUCAAGUUAUCAAGUCACGUGCAAAGCGCCUUCUUGGAAGCCUAUCAGCAUCAAGAUGGGACGGCUGGUUCCUUGGCUUUGCCUCCUUCACUUGUCCAAGCCAACCCGGUAGAUUUAGAAGAAGCCGUGAUUGCGGUAGCGACGGAAUUGCAUGUCCGGAGAAACAGUGACUCGAGUGGAUGGGCCUCCGUUGCGUUGCUUUCGAAUGGGCUUGAAUGGCACUUGGCGCUGAUCCAGUGGCUGCGGCAAGGAGGGCUGUAUCGGUCUCUGACCUCUUUUGCGAAGUGGCGACUGUUGAGCCUAGGACAAGAGGUUGUUGCCUUCCAAGAGCUCGUCACCCCGACAAUGUCGCCCAAGGCUACAAACUGGGAGAAAGAACAAUUCUCUGACCUCACCUUGUCACAGGGAAUAGCCGUUUGGUUGAAAGAGAAAUUAGAUUUUGUACUUCGCGAUGGCUCCAUCGAUCAGUAUCAGCUUUGGUGUGGAUGGUUUUCCACAGCAUUGGCAUCCGCCACAACAUACAGAGAAGAACGAGCAACUGCUACGUACGAUAUUACGAUGAUCGACCAACCCCCCAUGAUUGGGUCGAUGGAUGAAGAAGGCGCCUCGAAACCAACUCGUGUGCCAUGGACAUCGCACCCGGUCCUGCAGGACUGUUUUGCGAUGUUGCUGCACCACUGGUUGCAUCAUCCAAAGCAAAAAGGGGUCCAAGUAUUGCCGCACCAGACUCUUGCGGUCAUCGCCAAAGCGGCCUUGGACUCGUUCGCAGAUUCUGCAAAAAGUCUAAACACUGAACGAGCGAUUGGGAAAUACGCGGAAAUCAAAGCUAUGACGAUUCCUCUUCUUCUGUCAAAUUCUCGAACCGCGGAACGAGGAGAUGACAAGUUAGCGUUCAAAUUGGCUGUCAAACAUGACUACUACGAAGGAAUAUGUCAAAUUGCUCACGAUCAUGCCAACAAGCCGGACAGCGACAGUUUUCGGCUAGAACCGCUGUUGCAGUCAACAACCCAGUGCCAAAGUAGGGACUUUCAAAGUGGCUUCAACUUUGGGCAGUUUGUUUUGCAUUACUAUGCAGAACGAGGGCUAUAUGGACACACUAUUCUCUACGGGAGGCUUUGCCCUGAACGCGAUUUGAAUCAUGUUAUGCAGUCUGACGAGCGGUUGCGGUCCCAUCAAUGGAUACAGGCCAUUCACAAAGGGAACUAUGAUUUGGCAGCGACUUCCCUGAUCAGCCGAGCAGAAAAUCGCCCUCUCGACCUCACACAGUCGAGAUGGUCUUACUGCAUGGCCAAGCUGUCCAAUCAGGUUAUGCUGAAAGAAGCCCAUCUUGAUCAGGCCCGUGCGGAGGCCCGAGCGAAAAAGAUCGAAGCCAAACUCGAGUUGGCGGGGAUUCAGAAGGAACUGCUGGCUCAAUCGGAGCAACAUCUUUGGUCGCCCAAAAACUUGCUUUCACUGGCUCUGGAGAAGGCAGAGGAAGCCUCGGAUGGAAAGUCCAACAGCGCCAUAGAAGAUGCAACGCGAUAUUGCUACCUGGCGCUCCUUGUUUGCACGACUUUUGAGACUGAGGCUGAUCAACGAAGCAAUGCAGUGCAGGUUUGGUCCAAGAGCAUCAGUGUCGACUGGGCCCGCUGGAGCGAGUGGAUUCGAACUGAACAUGAUUUGAGCCGCGAUGCCUUGGCAUACACGGUGCUUGAUAAUACCACAUUUGGCGGUUUGUUGAAGGAAUGUGGAGAUGAAUUUCGGCUAGGACCCGUGACAUUCACGAGCGAGACUAUGGAACAGCAAAUCAUUGAACAGUUAGGGCUCGAGGGAGGUUCUGGGGUUGAUUCGUUGCGUCGGUUCCUUUUUAAUGUAACUAAGGUGUUUCAAGCCGGUGCGAUGGAAGAAGACGAUGAGGCGAUGUUUGAUGCUUCGGGUUAGGCAGAUAUUGGGUGCCUACUAAGAGUUUUUCGAGACGUAGCAUUGGAGUGGUUUCGUCGAGUCUUCUCAUCAACGAUAGCACAUGUCAGCUUCAGCUUUCACCUAGGAUGCCAUCGCAUAAGAAAACGGUAAACAUUGUUAAUGGUUCUGGUUUCUUG